AUGGAAGGAGCCCGCGGACAGUGUCGUGGAUAUCUGGUCCAGGGUCCGCGAUACUGUAUGGACUACGUUAAGGUACCUGCUGACCCGAAAAGCUUAGCAGCGGCUGGAGCAGAGCGGGCGAACGAGAGAAGCGCGUCCGUGUGUGUGCCAAUGCUGAAAAGUGCAAAGGAGGAGCCGAUAGGUGGUGCACAGUACUCGGGUGGCCGCCCAGCGUACGGCGAGGCCAAUGGCAGCCUUGCGAGGAGGGGCCAUGCCAAGCCCGCCAAGGCUUGGCAUAUCUUGGCAGGCUCAUAUUUGCCUGACGGGGUGUGCGGUACGGCUUGUUUGUAUGUCGGCCGCCCCGAGGCCAAAGUCUCUUUUAUGGUGCAGAACCUAUUUCUCAGCGCCAAGAGCUGCCAAGGCCCGCCAAGGCCCGCCAAGACUUCCAAGAGUCCCGCUCACCCUUUCGCUCUUGCCCAAGCUGUUCGUGUAAAUGUAAAGGGCGAAGAAGGUCCCCCCGGGCCUCCGUCGACGUUGUUUCUUUUUCGUUCCCGUUGCCAUCUCUCUCAUCCGACGAACUCAGAGAUUUCCCAGUUUCAGGCGCCCUCGGUGUCAUUUGCACUCGCCUGGGCCAUCAGCUUUCUGUGCCGAAUCGCGCACUCGCCCAAUACUCACCAAGCCCUAUCUGUAACAAACCGUUAG